AUGUCGCUGCCUAACCCUCCCCCUCCUCUGUCCACCCCUUCGCGCCCUCGGCCGCGACAUCGGUCUAGCAAAGGCGCCGAAGGCGGCAGCUUCGACGCAAAUGCUUCCCUUGACUCACAGAAUCCAGCCUUGGCGGGUUUGUCCCUCUCUGGCUUCACACCUGGUGGGCCUGUACCCGCAGGCUACUCGUACCUAGACAAGGCUGCCCCUCUACUGAGGACUUCAACUCGCAGCGGCGGCCGCAGUCAAGAGGAAAGAGCCAGCAAGAAGAAGGCGCCCCGCCCAGCGACACGCUUUGUCCCUCCACGACCAAGUUCACCAGUCUCGCCUCAUGACAGAGCCAUCCCUAACUCCGUGUCUGCCUCUUCUUCAUUCUCCUCUCCUCCUCGACCGGUACCCGCCCUCGCGGCGCUCAACGCCUCUCUGUCAUCUCUGGCCUCCCUGCCCUCCGACCCACGCCACUGGUCACCAGCGCACGUAAGCCUCUAUCUCUCGCAUGUCCUGUCACUCGCUCCUCGCCCCGUCAUUGAGGACGUGAGUCGCUUCGUUCGCUCAGAGCAGAUGGGCGGUCCCGGCUUCCUGCGGCUAAGGGACGGGCAGCUCGAGCAACGCGGCAUGAAUCCGCGAUGGCGCCGCUUAUUGUGCGAAGCCAGCGCGCGACUACGAAGGGAUGCUCUGAGGAGGAGGAUUUGGAGCCAUGGCCAUGCCGCCAAGGAGGAAGAACCACACAUGGACGACCUGCUACAGUCUGUUCCCGAUGCAGGCGAGCUCACCCCAGGUCAACAGCGCCUUAUGACCGCGACGCUCAAACGUAUUCGGGACCGCAAGGCCGUUCGAGGUCUCAUUGAGGCUCUCGAGUCGCCGCCCAAGGGAACCGAUCUAGAGCUGCCAGCGAUGGACACGCCGACAAAGAAGAUCAGAGACGCGUUCCACAGCCGUGACACUGGUAGCCUGGGCAAAGGAUCGCCGCAGAUCGAGGCGCCCUUUGGUCAGGGGUACGUCCUCCGUCAGGCUCGCAGCUUCUCUUCGCAGGACAACUUGGCGCAGCUUGCCAGAGAGGAAGCCAAGGUGGCUCGUCCUCCCAAGUCGACGCGCAAAUGGCAAGUCGAGCCAGAAGAGGGCAAAGAGCAACACGCGCGAUUCGAAAGCAUUCCCUCAUCGGUGUCUCUGCCCGCUUGGGCCCCCUCCCACAGCCACACCAUGUCCGCCUCCUCUUCGUCGUCCUCGUCCAUCUCGACAGUAUCCAGUACUGCAGCUGCAGAGGGAUAUGAGUCGGACUUUAGCAGCGAGGUAACCACCGAUAGUGAGAUUGGUGCGGCGGAGGAGUAUGAGGGUCAGCAGCAGCAGGAGCACGACUGGCUGGCGAUUGUGCCUUUCGACGAGCAUGAUCUCAAGGCUAUACUGGAGGAGGAUGACGAGCAGGUAGACAGCACACAGACGUACGAGCCAGCCAUCGAGGGAGAUGAUGCGAAGGAAAUUCUCGAGUCUCAGCCCGAACCGGCUGUGCUCAUCGCUGUCCCUAGCUAUGCGGACCUUGAGCCCACCUCGACGAACGACUCCGUCCUAGGGGCGACCCCCACGCCUACCAACCGUCGUCUCGUCAGCGACGCCGCCAACGCAAGUUCGGUCAUCGAUCCACAUGAAGUCCAAAGAGACGUCUUUGGUCAAGCUGAUGAAGAGCCCCAGGACAGCCUCUUCGACGAGGCCACAGUGCGACCACGCGCUCAACCUGUUGGCGAGAUCGAGGACGAAGGACAGUUCGACACCAUCCGCCUCGAUGAUGUGCAGAAAGCGCGCCGCGAAGCUAGCAAUGCCAGCAGCAGUAGCAGCAGCGAAGGCGAAGGGCAAGGCUGGCAUAGCGCGAGGAGGAGCUUGCAAUUGAGCGAGAUAUUCGCUGAGCCUGCGAAGGAAGCGAUGGCUGAGGAGGCGAUGGCCGAGGAGGUAGAAAAAGAAUAUGUCGAGGCUGCACCUGCUCUCGUAGAUGAUGUCAGUCCCAAGGUGGUCAUCGAGGACGCCGCACCUCCCCCCUACUCUCCUGAUGUGGCUAUGGCCAAGGAAGACGACUCUUCCUCUCUCGAAAGCACCGCGCAAGAGAUGCACGGACUUCAGACCCUCAAUCUCGUCGCAGAACCAGCAGGUCACGAGGAGCAAGAUGUCUCCUUUACCGCUGCGGGCGUGUUGGACGAGCUCAUCGAAGAGAUUGCCCAGCCUUUGCAGAAGCACAGGGAGGAGCAGCUAGAAGAGACUGACGAGUCGAGCAAGCUGCAAGGCACGGACAUUCUUGCUCCUACUGAAGGCGAAAACAGCAUGGAAAGCUCCUGCGAGAACAGCACCAUCUUGCACCUCAUCCACACUCGUGACGCAUCUGCCGCUUCGUCCACGCUCGAGGACUUGACGGCCAUACCUACCACUGCGCCACCUGCGCUCAACGUGGAAGAGAACGCCAGUCAAGACGACGCCUGUGGGAAAUUCGUCGAGGUUGCGGACGACUCGUACCCCUCUCAGCGCGACGAAAACCACUCUAUCUACUACGGGGACGCCUCGUCCCUCAUGCUCCUCUCCACCCUCCUCCCCGAGCGAAGCGAAGAUGAGCUCCUCGUAACUGAGCAUCGUCGUAUCCUCUCAUCUGCUUCUAAGGCCGGCCAGGAAGAAGGUAGUGAAGAGACCACUCCUUCUUCUUCGCCGCCUGCGAGACACUUUGCCUACUGGUCAUCCUGGAGGGACAUGCUAGCUAGGACGCCCCCUUACCUUGUGGGACUAGCUGCGGGCGCGGCCUUUGUUGUGGUGAGCGAAGUGAUACUCGCUGCUAGGAGACGAUGA